AUGCUGGUGAGAUACAGGAGCCAGGUUCCCGCCUCUCGGCUUGGGCCUCUCUUCACUCUUGACCCAAGCCCCUCUCCCUUGCAGAGUCCAAACGCCUGCCUCGACCCAGAGCCUCAGAGCACCUCAAUUCCUGACGGCGUCCUGGCGGGCAGGAGCGUCUCCCCAGGACACCUGGAGAGGCCCCCGGGGCCUUGCGCGCCGCCGGGGCUAGAGGAGGCUCUGAGUGCGCUGGGGCUGGAGGGAGAACGUGAGUAUGCCAGGGACAUCUUCGCCGAAGUCAUGGUGUGCUGCGCGCUGCCCCGGAGGGCCCUGCCCCGCACAGUGACCCCAGAGAUGCGCGCGCUAGUGGUGGACUGGCUGGUUCAGGUGCACGAGUACCUGGGUCUGGCGGGGGACACGCUCUACCUGGCCGUGCACCUGCUUGAUUCCUACUUGAGCGCGAGCCGAGUGCGCCUACACCGCCUGCAGCUGCUGGGCAUGGCCUGCCUGUUCUUGGCGUGCAAAGUGGAAGAGUGCGUGCUUCCCGAGCCCUCCUCCCUCUGUCUCCUGGGCGCUGGCUCCUUCUCGCGGGCCGAGCUUCUGCGCGCGGAGCGCCGCAUCUUGAGCCGCUUGGAUUUCCGGCUGCACCACCCGGGCCCGCUACUUUGCCUCGGGUUGCUUGCUGCUCUGGCCCGGAGCGGCCCCCAGGUGUUGCUUCUCGCCACUUACUUCUUGGAGCUGUCUCUGCUAGAGGCCGAAGCCGCAGGGUGGGAGCCGGGUCGCCGUGCAGCUGCGGCGCUGAGCCUGGCUCACCGAGUGCUCGAGGGAGCAGGUUCCGGGCCUGAGCCGGCGCUUUACAGCCGAGCGGAGCUGGGCCCGCUCGAGCCGUGCAUGGUCCGCGCUGCGCUCCGAGGCCCCGCGCCCGGCCGCGCCGCCGUCUUCCUCAAGUACGCGCGGCCCCAGCGCCAGGGCACCAGCCUCGCCGCCGCCUGCCUGCUCCGCCACUCCCCACCGGGGCCUCCCUGA